ACGGUGAGGACGGAGACGGGCGGUACCUGCUGAUACAGUCGAUGCUGUUACCGUUUCCAGUCGGUGACUGACGUUUAACUAGUUCACACGUUCGUUUACCGGCCGUUUACCGUCAACAUGUCGCACACCGUCAUCACCACAACGACCACGACGGUCCGGUCCGGGGACAGCGUCCUGAACACGGGCUACCUCGGUACCAUCCCGGGAAUGCUCAAGAUAGGACAGACGCUCUCCCUGCUCAUUGCCUUCCUGUGCGUCUACUGUGUUCAUGGCUGGCCCAGCUGGCACGCCUUCUGUUUCUUCGAGGUGGUGGCGCUCUGGUUCUUACUCGCCUUCUUAAUUUUCCUCCUCAUGCACCUGUUCAGGCUGCAGGGCAAGAUGCCCUGCAUCAACUGGCCUCUGACGGAGUUCUUCCAUUACUCUGUGGGGUGCGUCCUCCUCUUCAUUGCCUCCAUCAUCGCCUCGGUGAAGAGCGGAGGAGUUUCAGCGCUGGUGGCCGGAUCGGUGUUUGGCUUCAUAGCGACGUUCCUGAUGGCUGUUAAUCUGUGGACGUCCUACAGUAUGGCUUGUGGCCCUCAGGCUGGUGCUUCAGUGUAGAAAAACAUCCGUCAUGAAGGAACCAGACGGCUGAGUCGGCAGUUUGCUGUGUCCAUUUUUCUGCCCGGCAACCACCCUGAUAAUCAGCUUGAUUGAAUGACAGCUGCAGAGGUAACAGAAGCGCUGAUCCAGGACCAGUUUCCAACAACCUGAAACAAAAACGUCCCUGAUUAUCACGGUGAAACGCUGAAGCAAUAGCGUAGUUAAAGUAUUACUUUUAUAUUCCUCAUUGAAUCCUGUCAAACCUCUACAGUCAUGUUUUCAUGUUAAAGGUGCUCAGUGUCACAUUUUAUCCAAACACAUGAGUGAAUGACACUGCGGUGCAAACAAUCAGUCACAUGCUGUUAUUGUCUUAUUACUAACAUUUCCCAUCACCACUGCUGCUUCUCACCUUAUAAGCUUUUCCUUCAUUGCACCAUCUGCCACCAGAAGCUUUUUAGAAAACUUUAAGCUGCGUGAGUUUUAAAAUGACAGCGCCUUCCUGCUGAUGUGUGCCAUAAAUCAAACCAGACGAAUUCCCUCUCGCAGGUCUGACAGCAGCCUCGGUGUCUCCGCGUCGCCUCUUUGUUCUUCUCCUCAGUGGUUUACAGCUUAAUUUGCUCAGUUUGUUAACAAACGUCUUAUCCAUUCCGACUUUUUUUCUACUUUGAAAAUUCCUAACUCUGCAAAACCUGUUUGGACCACGGAUGUAAUACAAACUCUUUUUUUUAACCCUCUGAACUCUGAGCAGCUUCUGGGUGUAUUUUUUUUCUCCUGUCACAUUUUUCCCCACUGUGGGCUUUUUUUAAAUGCAGUUUCAAGUCCUGCAUCUCUGUUGAAACAGCACAACCAUGACAGGAAGUAGAGAGAGAGCUCAAAAUGUCUUCGUGCAGUAUGGCAGUUAGAAUGACAGAUGAUUUAUUUCCCAAAAAAACAAUCAAAAUAAUAAUAAUAAUAAUGGAAUCAUGUCAAACAUUUUUCCAGGUGUCCACAGCUGGAAAUAAUGGAGGUUCCACAUACUAUAGAUAAUUAACUAUUUGUAUAUUAUUUUUCCUCUCUUCUCUGUGGAAACACAGCCUGCAGUUCAACCAAAAAAUCAAUUUUUGUCACCUGACUGUUGAUCACAUCUGAGUCAGUCGUGGCUUCUCAGUUGUGCUGAUGAGUUCGGAGACUUUUAGUUUUACAGAUGAGCGUAAAGAGUUGACUUUUGGUGAGUUUCUAAAUGAGAUGGGUAGAAUAAAGAGAUUUUAGGCUCAGAUUUGAUUUAUCUUUGCUGGUGAAACAUCAAACACAGUCUGCAGUUCAGCCAAAUAGUUGCUGGAUUUGCAUUCUUAAUUUAUUUUGCAAGCGCAGACUCUUUUUUUUUUGUUUGUUUUUGCAGAAUCUUUUAAGAGAAAGUUUUUUUUUGUUGAAUUUUAAUUGAGACUUAGAGUUUCAAAUUUAAGCUUCCUUUUGAUUAAAUUUCUCACCUAAACAUCACAGGUGAUAUUUUCAGCGACUGUUAGAAGGUUGAAAAUCUGGCAAUUCUUUCUGUUUCACAGUUUUUGCCUGAAAAAUGUGUCAUUUUAGUUAUUUUUUUUUUUAAAGAAAACAUGCCUUUUAAACCUGCUGGCAGGUAUUGGGGUUCAGAGGGUUUAAUCACUUUUAUUCAAUGUCCAGCCAUACAGCUCUGUUAGCUUCCAACGCUAACUCUAGCUAGCACACUAAAAUGUCAAUGAGCAGAUAUUCUGGUGUGCUAACAAACUUUAACAAGCUAAUAUUUGUCGGAUUAAAAAGAAAAACCUGCAUGAAGCUAAUGACGUUGUUAGCAUGCUAAAACGUUACUCAGGGGCUUAAAAAACAAUAGCAUGCUAAAAACAAAUUAAAUGAAACAGUGAAAAACAAAAUGUUAGCAUGCUAACAAUGCAAACCAACACAAAAACCAAGAAUAAUUGCUGAAUCUCUCCAGUUAAAACAUAAGUGUGGUGCUAAAGUGUAUUUUUCUUAUUGUCAGAAAACUCCAUGUGUACUGUCAGUGGUCAUUAAAUGGCAUUUAGUGCAGUUAGCAAUGUGCAUCUUCCAAACUGAAAACAAAAAAAUAUUCAUGGAAGAAAGUUUUUUUGGAAAGUUGCAGGAAGCUUGAGCUUUCUGCCCCAGUGUAUGAUGUUUUUGUUUCCCUGGAUCUGUACAAUGAAGGUGGAGACACAACAGACUGAAAUAAAUCUGAAUUAUUGCCUGAAACACUCACCAGUGCACCAAAUAUAGAUUGAAUAUAGUCCCUAAAAAACACAUUUUCCUCUUUUUUGAGUAAAGUUCACUAAAAACAGCAAUGAGCAGCUGUUAAAAGUUAAACUACAUGUUUUUGAGGUGAUUUUAAAAGUUUAAAUCUCCAAGUUUGGAGAUGAGAGUCUUGAAGUAAUGAGAAACACACCGAUGGUUUACGUCUGGGAGUUUUUGACAAUAACAAAAAUAUAGAAUAGCACAGACAUUAUCCUUCAAACAGUGAUUUCACUGCUGUUUUACAAGGAUUGUGUCAUUGAUUUAUUAUAUAAAUGGUAAAGCUACCAUUAAGUUUUGCUGAAGUGAUUUUUCCUUGUCUGGGUGUCUCAGUAACUCCCAUGAAGCAUCACAUUAACUUCCACAGUUUAGAAAACAGCCUCACUGUCUGCUGGGAAAUCAAUUUGCCUUUACCCUCAGCAUUAAAUCCUGCUUCACUACAAAAUGCUGUUCAAUUUUUCUAACAGACAGGACCAGUGCGGCUGUCUUUGGUGCUUUAAAAGAAAAAAGAAAAAAGAACUAAAAAACAAACUGGGUGAAUUUAAAUUGAAUUUUCUAUCAUUCAUCCUGCACUCUAAAAGCACAGUGGUUUUGAAUGCUGCCAAAAAAAGAAAGAGAAAGCAGUGUCCAAAUUAAACCCAAGAGGAGAUCGGAUGGAAAACAAAUUACAGGUGUGGAAAUCUGUCUGCAUGGAUUAAUAAAACAUUUUAAAGAAUAUAUAUAUUGAUUGAAAACUGUACAUUGGAACUAAUGAACACAAAUAAAACACACAUGCACAGAUUUUUUGAUGCAGAUCUUUUGGAAAAUAUGCAUCUCAUGGUCAGAAACAAAACUGAAAUAUGUUAAAAUAAAACCAGCAUGUCUUUGUCAUAUCAGCUAAAUAAAGGAACAUGCUUACAUAUAGUGAAAAUACUUUAAUAUCUGCUUUGCUGCACUUUACAGAAAACAACAGUUGCUUACAGCAUGUUUGUCAUUAUUCAAAUGUCUUUGACUGUUAAAGCACAAAAUACAUUUAAGGACACGUCUCCCGUCCUGCACCGUAUCCCUGCAUGUUGUGGUGCUUCCAUUUAGUGACUUUAUUAAUCUUUUCAGACUGAUUUCCUCACAUGUGGCCCAGUCAGAGUGUCAGCUGACAUGGAUUCAAAUGCACUUUUAUUUCUACAAACAUUUCUGACCCGAAAAUUCAACUGUAGCUGAAAGAAGAGAAGCAAAAUAAUUUUUUUUGCCUCCAAGAUGAAGUAAUUUUAUUGAUGUGUUUGACCUGAAUUACCUUUGUAAUGUUUUCCAACAGCAGUUAUUAAGUUUUACCUUACAGUUAAACUUACGACAGUUUUAUCAACUGUUCUUCUAAGUCACAACCAACCAUGCUAACGUAUCAGAAUCUAGUGGCAUUUAUGGUUUGAUUUUGACCAUAUUUUGCUCUUUGUAAUUCCAGUUUACCAGUUAGAUACCAAGUUAGAAAUAUUUAAUUGUCUUGAGGCUUAAAUGUUUUACUUAUUGAAUUAUUUCCUCUCUGCUUCUGAGAAAUGUUUGCAGAACUAAAACUUAAAAUCUGUCUCUGAUUUUGUGGGAAAUUUCCUGCCGUCUCUCUGUGAUCUGAAACCUUUUGGUCAGAAGCGAUGAUCAGAUUACUGCCUUACUGUCGAUCAGAUGCCAAAAAAUCUUAGUGUGAUGCUUCAGUCUUUGCACUGAAUGUGUCUUAAUAUUUCCUGUGACGGAGCACAGAGUGAAGGAUUCACGUCUAAUUGGUCACAAAUUGAAUGUUUCACAGUGGAAGUUGAGGUUUACUGGACAAAUUCUAAUUUAAAUAGAGAUUGUUGUCUUACUUCCUGGUGCAUCUCUUGAAGCCCCGACACACUGUGUGACGACAGCAUCUCAACAGCUCACCUCUAUGAAUGUUAGCGGCACAAAAAUGCAAACCAGAACCCAACACGCAAUUAGAAAAUAACAGACUUGAGCUGAAAAAUUAGAAUUUCCGUGAGUUCGUUUGAGCACAGAUCCAGAUAACGUGGCGUGAACGUGUUCACGGUGCCUCUGUUGCCCCAUUCAAGUGCUAAGCUUCAUUUUCCAUCCAAAAUGCUUCCUUGUUAUCUUUCAGGUCUGCAGCAGGACUGUGAGUUUAGUCCUAACAAAGAGAACAACAGUGUGGUUCUCUGGGAGGGCAGCAGCAUCAAUAGAACACACUGAUGGUGCAUUUUAUGUGGUCAGAGCUGUGGCCUCACAGCAGCAAGGUUCCAUUCAGGGGUUUUCUCUGGAUGUUUCCUGCAACAGUUUACAGACACAUUUUAGAUUAAAUUAGUCACUAUAAAGGGCUGCACAGUGGUGUAGUGGUUAGCACUUUCGCCUUGCAGCAAGAAGGUCCCUGGUUCGCGUCCCGGCUUUCCCGGGAUCUUUCUGCAUGGAGUUUGCAUGUUCUCCCUGUGCAUGCGUGGGUUUUCUCCGGGUACUCUGGCUUCCUCCCACAGUCCAAAAAUAUGCUGAGGUUAAUUGAUCAUUCUAAAUUGCCCGUAGGUGUGAAUGUGAGAGUGCUUGUUUGUCUUUGUAUGUGGCCCUGUGACAGACUGGUGACCUGUCCAGGGUGUCCCCUGCCUUCACCUGAGUCAGCUGGGAUAGGCUCCAGCACCCCCCACGACCCUAGUGAGGAUUAAGCAGUGUAUGGAUAAUGGAUGGAUGGAUGGAUGGAUAGUCACUAUAAAUUGGAGUUUUUGGAGGUAAAUACACAACAGGAAGCAGAAUUGGUCUCAAGCCUGAGAAAGGAAAUGACAGAAAUCUGUGAAUGUUCCUGUUAUUUCUCAGUGUUUGAUGAACAAAAACAUCUGUUAACCAGAAUAAAUGAAACCCCAAUGAACCAAACAGCAAUUUUUAUCCUCAGUUCUGAUCAUUUUGGUGUUGAUCAUUUUCCUUUGGAGCUGAAUAAAAGCACCAAAAAUGGGCAUCAGAAAUUCCUCUGUGCAGUGAAACUAAAAUGUCCUUCAACUCUUUAUUUGCGCUUCUGCUGCAGUUUAAAGCGCUGAAGUUUAGACAGAUUAGUCAGAGUCGGAAAGCUACAAAAUUGCCUUCAGAGUCCCUGAACAGAGACUGUCAAUGAGUUAAAACUAAAAUCCUGUGCAAACGUGGCUUCACUAGGACCUCAUGUGACUCGAAGGUCUUCGUAUAUCCAUUUAGUGGCUAAAAAACAAGACUGAACCUUGAAACCAAGUUACAUCUGAUCCUAAAUCUCCUCCACAAAGCCUUUUUACUGCUCAGUCGAGCUUUAUUGGGUGACUGUACACAGUAACAAAAGCCAACAAGUCUGUGCUUCCUUAUUUGAGAGAAAUCUCUGCAUUAUUCUGUUAUUAACAUGUAAUAACCAAAAGCAUCUAUUAUACUAGAGUAAAUUAAACUCUAGUUAACCAAACUGGUUAAUUGCAAUUUUUAUUCUCAGUUCUUUUCAUUUUGGUGCUGGUGAUUUUUCCUUGGAGUAGAAUAAAACCAACAAAAAUGGGCUUUAAAAAUUGCCCUUUGCAGGAAAAUAACUGUAAUAUCACAAACUAACAUGUCCUGCAGUUCUUUAUAUGUGUUUCUGCCGCAGUUUGAAGAUCAGGCAGAUUAGUCAAUGUCAGGAAGCAACGGCAACACUACAGAACCACCUUGAAAGUUCAAAAGGCUUAAAACAAUCCUGUGAAAAUGCAGGUAGAAGAACUUAGUUUCCUUAAAGGUUCUUCAACCUCAGAUAAAGUUCCUGCAGUGGAAUCGUUUCACCUCAUUUGGACCUGUUUGGUUUCAGGUCUUGUCAUUUAGGUACUAAGUGAACCCAUGAAACCCUCCUGGUCGUAGCAGCAGCGUUUCAAAGCUCAGUCCUGAGUUUCUUCCACAAAGCGUUGAAGUUGUCGUUUUUGUCGACUUCAGACAGCCAAACAUUCUCUCCCUCGAUUGUCAGUUUUUGCCUGAGACGCCCUAAAGUCGCACACUGUGUCGGGGUCUUUACACUUAGACACCGUUUUCACCACAACUAUUAAAAAGCAGUUUUUUACAAAGUCAGACUUUGCUGCGUUUCUGUGACAGUCCAACGUGUUCACACUUGCUGUGUAUUUGCUGCUUCACUUUGCUGUAUUUGAUUGUGUGUCUGGACCAGCUUUACAUAUAACAGCUUUUAUUUCUGUUUUUGAUGCACUGAUGAAACUUCCUAAACGCCACGCAAAGGUUUGGUUUUAGCCAACAGCUGAUGAUCCAAUCUGAUGUUAAUGAAGCACUUGUUGAAUAUGACUGGACAAAAAAUUGAAAUCUUUUAAGAUUUAUAUUUGAUUUAAGAUUUUGUAUUUCUAUUGUUGAACUUUUAAUAUACCAAGUUUUCCAUCAGUAUCAGCCCAGUAUCCAGUUUUAGAGUCUGAUGUUUUUUAUUGCUGCAUUCUUUAUUUUUGAAACAGUUUUUUUUUUAUUUUAUUUUUUUAUUGCUGCUUGGAUGUCUGGUUUGGAUCCAGAGAGUGAAUGUGUUCAUCAGUCAGAGUUUGAGCCUCUAAAGAUCCAGAAGUGAGACUGUUUACUGUUUACAGUCUGAAAUAUCCCCAAAACGCAAGUUGUGAUCGACUCUGUGUCCAGACCAAACCAAACUAGGCUGUUUACAUGAUUUAUUUAGCCGUGUUUGUAUCUUCUGAUGCUGAAUGAUGCUGUUCUCACCGACGCAAAGUGACCUGAUGUAAGGCUGCGAGUCCACUGGCAGGUUUUCAGCUUAAAGGCUGAUCAGCUUUGAUCCAGAACCGACUGCACAUGUAGCCACACAGUUCAGUCAGUCUGCUGCUGCUGGAUUCUUUGAAAUACUAAGUAAGAACUGUUUAAAGUAAUCAGGAGAGUUUAUAUGAUCAAAAAACACAAUUUGCACAAGAAAUCUGUAUUAUGUUGACUUUUAACUUUCCGGUUUCUGUGUAGCUUUCGAUCUGUUUAAGAAAUCUCUCGGCGCACACAGCUUCACCGUUUGGACUCUAAUCAGCAGCCAGACAUGAAUUUUUAAUGUUAUACUACGUAGCUAAGAGAAGAUCAGGUGAUACAGUUAUGAGGUCAAACUAAACAGAGCUUGAGGUGACAUUUUUUUCGCCAACCGCUCUCACCAAGGUUGAGAAUAAUGUAGAAGCCGCGGACGAGGAGUCCUAAAGUGCCAAGAAAAGGUCAGAAGAUCAGGUGUCAGUAAGAAAUUACAUUAUAGUCAACAGAAAUGUGUGGAAGCAGGAACAAUUCUCAUUUUCUCCUUUUUUGUGCUAUGGCUGCAGAUAAUGAUUAUUUUCUGGAUGAAUUGAUCAGCAGUUUGGUCUCUAAAUUGUCGGAAAAUGGUAAAAAAUAUUGAUCUAAUUUUACACAAAUGUCUUGUUAUUUAGGUAUUAAUUUUACAGAAAAUACUUUAACUGAUCAUUAAAACAGUUGAUGACUACCUUAAUAUUUGGCGACUAAUCGAUUAAUGGCUGCAGCUCCAAACCUUUUAAAGAUGUCACUAUUGGCUUUAAGACACUGUGAUCGACAUUUUCUCAUUCCGGUGAGACAAAACAAUAAAAUAAUCAGUAGAUUAAUCACUAAUGAAUAUCAUUGUUAGUUGCUGUUCUACUUAGCUCCAAAAUAUAGAUUUAUUAGUAGUUUCUCCUGGAUUCAUGGUAAAAUUACACACCAUAAUAAGAGUCCAACUGGAUUGAAAUGGAUCAUUUUCACUGUUGAUUUUCACAUAUUUUCUGGAUUAUUCAAUCAUGUUUGGUCUCUAAAUGGUAACGAAUGUCUAUCCUCUCCUCAAAUGUCUUGUUUUGUUCAAACAUAUUCAGUUUACUGUCAUAGAGGAGGAAAUAAACCAGAAAUUAUUCGUAUUUAAGAAACUGCAAUGACAGAAUUUCAACUGUGUUUAUUUUAAAUUGACUCGAGCUUUAUCUGAUUGUUUAAAUAAUCUAAUAAUAAUUGAAUAAUUGUCAAUCAACUGAUUAAUCAUUGCAGCUCCACUCAGUACCAAGCAGAAUAUUAGGCUGCAGCUUCUUUUAUGUUAUCCCUUUUAAAAUGAAUGAUCCUGCACCUUGAUCAGAACUUUAAAAAAAAGCUGAUAUUUGCAGAACAUUUUCUGUUGUUAACUGAAUAUUUGCAGGUUUUUUGGAGGUGUCACCCUCUACUCAGCAGGUUUUCUGUCAUUUUAUUGGCCAUUUAAUUGAAAACAUCCAACUAGUGAUUAUUUUCAUUGUCAAUCUGUUGAUUAUUUGGUGUCUAAAAUGUAAAAAAAAACAAUUGAUGCUUUUUCUUGUCUUAUAAAACUACUCAAAACGAUAAAUAGAUUUUCAAAAUAGUUGGUGAUGAAUUUUCGGAGCUCGAUUUUCAGUUCUGGAUCAGAGCUGGUUGCAGUGAACCCAUGCAGAGGAAGAAGAGGCCCAGUGGACUCAGACACCCUGAUAGUUUAGAUGAUUUUGGUUUUUCUCCAAAGUGCCUUAAUGUUCUGUUUGUGUCGGUUGGUCACUCGGUUUCAGUGCAGAACAACGUGGAACCACCUUCAGCGAGAGGUCGGUCUCCGGUUGGUUCCAGUGAGAUGAAGACACGAAGUGAUUUUAUUAUAUUUUAGACAAAAAGAUGUCCACAGUAUUAUAAGUCAUAUCACCAAGAGCUCACAUGACCUGUGUUGUUUUUCUACAUUUUUAAAAAGUGUGUUUAAACUACAAGUUGUAAUUUGUUGCAUGUUGUGAAUUAAAGCCUCAUUGCACCA